AUGUCAUUCAGCAACGCCAAGCAAACGAAAACGCCUAUUGCGAGACCGCAACUCGGGACGCUUCGGAUUCAUGGUCCAGAUCAGAACGGUAUAGUUGCUGCCUUCUCGCAACUUUUGUACGGACACGGUUGUGGCAUUGUGGAUAGUGAACAGCAUACGGACCACUCGGCAAACCUCUUCUUUCAACGUAUUCACUUUGACUAUUCCAAGAUGCUUACGGAUCGUAUCUCGCUAGGCAAUGGUGUUGACGAAGUCUGCAAACGAUUCGACAUGAAAUCAGCCUUGAAUUGGGGCGACGUUCGUCAGCAGGUGGCCAUUAUGGUUAGCAAGUACGAUCAUUGUCUUUGGGAACUUUUGUUGAGACACCGUGCUGGUGAGUUGGAUUGCGAUAUUUGUAUGAUCUUGUCGAAUCAUCCGGAUCUCCAGACUGUUGCCGAUGCCUUCCAGGUGCCCUUCCACGUGUUCAAGGUCACCAAAGAUACCAAGGAAGCGGUCGAGAAAGAAGAGCUCGAGCUUCUUGCUACGCACAAGGUUGAUCUAGUUGUUCUAGCACGGUACAUGCAAAUUAUUACUGAUAAUUUCUGUGAAUCUGUUUCGGUGAUCAAUAUCCACCACUCGUUUCUGCCGGCGUUCAUCGGAGGAAAGCCAUACCAUCGAGCUCAUGAACGUGGUGUGAAACUAAUCGGUGCUACGGCGCAUUAUGCGACGGCAGAUUUAGACGAAGGCCCGAUUAUUGAACAGGACAUCACCCGCAUCUCCCACCGUGAUGAAGUUGACGAUCUGCUACGCAAGGGGCGGUUGCUGGAGAAAAACGUGCUCGUGCAUGCGGUGAAAGCACAUAUUGAAGAUCGCAUCAUCGUUUACAACAACAAGUGCGUGGUAUUUGAUGGAUAA